AUGACGUUGGCGAAAAAAAAGAAGGAGGCGGCGCGGCAGCGGAGGGAUCAGCUGAAGCAGCGGGAGAAGCUGGUCCAGGCACGCCUGCGUUCCGCUGCGGCUGCGGAGCCGGUGGAGUACGUUCUUCCUGAGGACGAGGCCGAGGUGGACGUCGCGCCGCUCUCGUCCACCGUUGCCAGCGGGCCCGGGAACGCCGGCCUUGACGCGGAGGACACGGAUCGUGUGCAGCUACCGUCUGUGACAGUUAACGAGGCGGCGAAAACGGCGACGCGAGGGUCCCGGCGGCGGCAUAAAGUUCCCUGGGAGUCGCUGAAGCUUCUCAUCGCGGAGCGGUACGGGCUGGAGGUGAGCGCCCUCACCACCGAGCACGACGGCAACGCUGAGGACCCCUACUUCACGGUGCUGCUCAAGUCGGUGCGCCGCAGCGUCCCCGUGCCGCAGCAUUGGAGCCAGCUGCGUGCCUUUCUGGGGAAUCAGGCGGACCGUGAACGUGCAACGGACAUUGUCCCGCCUGAAAUUGCCGCUCUAGGCGUGGAACGAAUUCGCGCGACGAGGGACAAGAAGGCAAACCCCGACCAAGUGUCUUUCGUAACCUGCUUUAUUUCAGGAACACCUCUGCGACGGAAACAAUUUCACGUGAACCUCAGCCGCUUUGGGGAUAUCUUCUACGAGGGCAAAUGGCUGCCAAAGACGCACCAUGAGCCGGGGCACCUCUCGCAACGCCUUCGGGCAGCAUUAGGCAUGGGGCCACACUCACCCCCGCCGUGGCUGUACGGCAUGCAGGCGAUGCGUCGUCUGCCACCGGCAUAUCCCACACUUAAGGUGCCCGGUCUCAACGCGCCCAUUCCACCCGGUGCGCAAUGGGGUAACGGCGAGGGACAAUGGGGACAACCGCCACGAAAUGAGAACAACACCUUCCUCUUCCCUGGCGUCAUGGAAGAAGUGGCCGCAGAGGAGGCGCCAUCGGUGUACUGGGGUACGGUUCCGCCGCUGCUCACCAGUGAGACGGCGCUGUUGCACGGCGGUGUGGCUUCUCCGCCACCGCCGACAACAACAGUCGCUGCACCAAAGCCGGUGGUGACGGCGAAGCCGACCAUUACUCCCGUGCCGUUCCAUUCACAGGCCUACACACCAGCUGCCGCGGCGCGGUACGUGGCAUCGGCGCCGCAAGAGUACGUUCGUGUGCAGGACAACACGGCCGGGGCGACCGUCGCUCUGGGGUCAAUUUUGGUGCCCAAAGCGGCCGCCGCAGCGACUGUGGUACCGCCUGCGGCCCCGUCGCAAGAACAGCCUGAGAAGCGUCCGCAGCCCCCACGGCGCCCCACAAAAUUUUAA